AUGUGGGGAGAUCGUCGGAGCGGUUAUGGCGGUCGCUCUCCUAGGUCAUACAUAGAUUUUGAUGAAAAGUUUGACGCACCUAGAAGAGGUUUGGAUGCACAAAGUAGAAGUGGAGCAUGUAUAGGACGUACUAUGAAUUGCAUAAAUAUGCUGUUUAUCGUACUGCUCAUAUGCGGUUCAGUGGUAGCGGCAAUCAUCACAUUCAUUACAAAACCGGAAGCAAAUGAUGAUAAAGGCUAUCAAGGUAAAGUAGUCUACUUUGCUAUGUUUCGUGGAGAUGCUGAUGACGGGCCUUCUCCUUCAGAGAAUUCCAAAAGUGCUAGCAAAUGCAGCCUUAAUGUACCUUCUUCUUCCACUCGUGUCAACAAGGAAAUGAUACAAGGUCGCAGUGAUGACUUGAAAAACCUUCUAUAUCACUGA